UCCCAGCAUGCGUUGAUGACAUCACGAAGUGCCCCUUCUUUGUGUGUCAGUGAUGUCACCAAAUGCAGUGUGGGGGACAAUGGAAUCCUGAACUCCGGGCGAGGGCGAGUGGGAAGCGGCUACUCCUGCUGCUGGUUCAGGGCUGAGCCGGGGGAGGGAAGGGAGGACACAGCUGCUGCUUUAGGGCUGAAACAGGUGAGAAGUUGCUGCUGCCGCCGGAGGGAUAAAGCAGCGAGAGAGACACGAGUGGCCAGGCCCAGCCGCACCGAGGAGGAGCAGCCAGACACAAAGGGAGAGACAGAGAAAGAGACAAGCACGCCUAAGAAGAAGGAAAGCAAAGUCAGCAUGAGUAAAAACUCUAAACUGCUAUCUACCAGUGCCAAGAGGAUUCAGAAGGAAUUGGCUGACAUCACCUUAGAUCCACCUCCCAACUGCAGUGCUGGCCCCAAAGGUGAUAACAUCUAUGAAUGGAGAUCAACCAUUCUAGGACCUCCAGGUUCAGUCUAUGAGGGAGGUGUUUUCUUCCUUGACAUCACAUUUACCCCAGAAUAUCCCUUCAAGCCUCCAAAGGUAACGUUCCGGACAAGGAUCUACCACUGCAACAUUAACAGCCAAGGCGUCAUCUGCCUGGACAUUUUAAAAGACAACUGGAGUCCAGCAUUAACCAUUUCUAAAGUUCUCCUCUCCAUCUGCUCCCUCCUCACAGACUGUAACCCCGCUGACCCCCUGGUUGGAAGCAUUGCCACUCAGUAUAUGACUAACAGAGCAGAGCAUGACAGAAUGGCCAGACAAUGGACCAAAAGAUACGCUACAUAAAUUGGAUUUUCGUCAAACUCUUACAUUAUUUGUCUGUGAUGGAAAGAGCUGCUUAUGAUUUUGAAGGGGUGGGGGGGUGGGAGGGUGCUGGUAAAGAGUAGGGUAUUUCUAUAACAGAUUUUAUUCAGUCUUUUAUUUCCUAAGAUUUUGUUGUUGUAACUUAAGGUAUCUUGCUACAGUAGACAGCUAGGAUUUGGAAUAGCAUACUUUAAGACUGUAAUUAGUUCAGCAAUAUUAGCUCACAUAUAGUACCGAGAAGAAUGUAAACUUCUUAGACUUCUUUGGUUUUCAGUUUGCUUGCAAUAUGUAAAAGAUUAAAACAGCUUAAUUUUGUACAGGUACAUAGGUUGACAUUUAUGUAAAACUCCUAUCAAGACUCUACACACUGUUUUUGCUUUUUAUUUGUUUGGGUUUGAGGGAUUUAUUUUGUUCUGGGUUGAGUUUCCUUUUUUUCUUUUUUUCUUUUUUUUUUUUUUUGUAAAAAGAUGUUGGGAUUGUUUUUCCCUAUGGAGGGCACAUUGGUAUUUAACAAAUCCUUUUUAAAGACUGUCAUCUCAUGAUCUGUGAUAUGGAGAGGUAGAUAUAUGGCCUCAUAUAUAAAAUGAGAAGUAGUUAAUGUAUUAUUUUAUAAGCCAAUCUAUCUUUGUGAAAAGAAUAAAGGGUUUAAUCAGGACUUAUGGUAACCUGUAGUGAAAUACCUUAAGCUGUUUAACUGUAAGGUGUGGAAUAGGAGUCACUCAGUGGAUUGGUUGUAUGUUGUGGGCUACUUAAGUCUGCAUUUGUUACUGUGCUAAUAAAAAGAUGUUUAAAAAAAAAAAGAAGAAGAAAAGA